AUGAUUGAUAACAAAAAAAUAUAUACACUUAAAUCCUGUCUUGUUGAAGUGGCAAAAUUAUAUGAUAAUAAUAAAAGUAAUGUUUAUAUUGGAAUCAUUCGCCAAGUUGAUAUUGAAAAUUUAAAUAUGGUACAUUUUUAUUCAAAUAGUAAUUUUAAUAAUUUAAUGGAAGAAAUUAGAAAAAUAAGACAUAAUAAUAUAAAUGGUGGUCCAGUAAUUUUUCAUAAUAAAUAUUUUUUACCUAUUAAUGGUACAAAUAUAUCAAAUGAAGAAAAAUUAUUUUUUAUAUAUAAAAAAUCUCAAGGUGUCAGCCUAUCAACCAUGAUUACUGAUAAUGAAAAUCCAAUUAGAUGUCAUAGUAAAGGUGUCAUUUUAUUAUUAAAACAAAUUUCUAGUGGUUUAAAUUUUUUACAUGACAAAGAUAUUGUUCAUGGUGAAUUGACACCUGAUUGUAUACAUUUAAGUAUAGAUGGAACAUGGAAAAUAUCUUAUGUUGGAUUUUUUUAUAUUCUUUCACAUUUAAGAUCUUCAAGUGAAUUAAGAGAAUAUAUAACAUUAUAUUAUAAAUCUCCUGAUGCCAUUCAAACAAAUUAUAUUUUUACUAAAGAAGAAGAUGUAUGGGCAUUUAGUAUUAUAAUAUAUAAUAUUUAUUGUGAUUUUAAAGAUUAUUAUUUUGAAAAUUUAGAUCCUAUUUUACAAUGUGAACCUGAUUUAUGUUUAUUAAAUAUUUUUGAAAAUUAUGGUCCAUUUGGAGAGGCAGAUAAAAUGCCUAAAUCAUUAUUUAAUAUGUGUGCUGGUGGAAUAUGGAAAAGAAAAGAAGAACGUAUGACAAUGGAUGUCAUAUAUGAAUAUAUAAAAACUUUAACAUUAGAUGAUAAUAAUAAUAUUAUAUGUUCUGAUGAAAAUUUAAAUUCUGAAUUUAUUGAAAAUGUAAUUUCAAGAAUAGAUUCAUAUCAAAAACCAAAUUAUGAUGAAGUUGUAUAUAUUUUUCAGACAAUGGUAGAAAAAAUAUUUUCUCAUAAUGAUCUUUCACUACAAUUAAAAGAAGAAUAUGAUUACAUAUAA